AUGGCAGAUCAAGCAACAAGCAUGAACAGUCCUUGCGCCCAGGAGCUGAGGUGUGCUGGGCACACAGGUAGAGACACCCAGGAGAUGGCUUCGCCGGACCAUGGAGCCUUGCAGCCCACGCCGCACCGCGUCACCAGCACCAAAAGAGGAGAGCUGUCACCCUGCGUUGCCGCUGUUGUCUGCCCUCACCAGCCGCGCACGCUGCAGCCCCAGCGGACACCGCUUCUCACAAUUAUCACCGUCAAAUCAGACGUGCACCAUGUGCGUUCUGAAGCCAGCGAGGGGAAGAGGGGAUGGACGCACGCACUGAAGCCUGAAGACACAGGCGGAGGGAGACUGAUGAAGCCAAAAAGAACAUGCGUGACAGCACCCGGAUACGCCUGGGACACGUAUCCAGGCCGUACUGGGAAAACUGGAUACGACUUCACCCGCACGGUGCUCGCGGUCUCGCAACUCCCGCACAGCCGCACUGCCCUGGAGGGCCCGACGCGACUUGCGAUUGGCGAACGGCGGUCGGCGGCCGGCGGCAAGACAGCGAGCGGCCGGCGGCGACCCUCCCAGUCCCAGAUCCCUGUCCCCUACUGCUGCAGCUCUAUGCUGGUGUGCCCCUGCUUAGAGGACGGAGCAAGGAGCAUCCCUGGGCGGCUCACCGUCGAAUCGGCCGGCGGCAGGGCAGCGAGUGGCCAGCGGCGCCCCCUCCCUGCUAGCGGUGACCCAGCCCCCUGGCCCCUACAGUUGCAGGCUUGCAGCCUUGCGCCCCUGCUCCAGCAAGAUUCAAUCGAGAGUUUGACAUCAUGCAAAGCCCUAGCAAAAUCGGUGCCACCUCUGCCUCCACUACAACCCCUGCUGUGUAUGGACCUCAAGGGUGGGCAGAUCUCCCAAAAGCUCAAUCUUAAUUAUGCAGUUGUGCAGAUUGUGGAGUUCAACGGUCAAUUCAUCGCGAUGGACACCCACCCCAGGCUCUACACUCGCCCCCAGCUUGGUCUGCAGGAGAUAGCAACUGUGUGGUUGGACAACAUGCAUGGAUACCCAUAUACACAACCUUGUCUGGUGGUAUGUAGUGGCAUGCUUCUAAUUGUUAACUACAACUACUACUCGAGCACAUCAUCUGGAGCACCUGUCAACUACAAAGCCUACCGCCUGGACGUCCACUGA